AUGGAGGUCGACAGCACGGGCGAGGCGGACAGCAAGCGUGCGCAGCAGAACAUCCCGCGUGACAUGGGCGUGGCGUGGAAGAACCUCACUGUCACCGGUGUCGGAGCCAGCGCUACACUUGGCAGCACCGUCGGCUCUGUGCUCAUGUCGCCCUUGAACUUCAAGAUCAUGCUGCAGGCGCUCAAUCCGCCUGUCAAGGAAAUCUUGCAUAACUUCAAUGGCAAUGUGCGUGCCGGAGAGAUGCUGCUUGUUCUAGGGCGCCCCGGUUCCGGAUGCACGACCUUCCUCAAGAUGCUCGCAAGCUACCGCGACGGAUACCGAUCGGUCGAGGGUGAUGUCCUUUACGAAGGUCUCGAUCACAAAGUUGUGGAAGGGCCUCUACGUGGUGAGCUCGUCUAUGCCGCUGAAGACGAUGUUCAUUUCGCCUCGCUCAGCGUGGGCCGCACGCUCAACUUUGCGAUCGGAACGCGUGCACCACAAGCGGCCGUGCGUCCGGGCUUUGGCGCCAAUCGCAACACGCGCACCAACUACGUUGCCACGAUGCGCGAGGUGAUCGCGACGACGCUCGGCUUGAAGCAUACGUACAAGACGCCGGUGGGCAACGAGCUGAUCCGUGGUGUUUCGGGCGGAGAGAAGAAGCGCGUUUCGAUCGCGGAGCUGCUCGCUACACGCGCCAGAAUCCAGAUUUUUGACAACUCGUCGCGUGGCCUGGACAGUAGUACAGCGGUGGAGUUCAUCCAGUCGCUGCGAAUCCUGGCAAACACGACGCGCACGACGACAAUCGCUUCGAUCUACCAGGCAGGCGAGCCCAUCUAUCGCUUAUUUGACAAGGUCGUUGUCCUCUACGCCGGCAGGACAGUCUACUUUGGCCCUGUCGACAAGGCUGUCGAGUACUUUGUAGAGAUGGGCUACGUUCCGCACGAGCACCAGACCAGCAGCGAUUUUCUCGUCAGCGUCACCGACCCACAUGCACGCAUCGUCCGCAACGGCUACAAGGGCAAGGUCCCGCUCACUGCUGAGGAGAUGGAGGCUUACUGGUGCUCGAGCGAGGCUGGCCGCGCGUCCAUGGAGGGAGUCGACAACGAGAUCAAGCGCAUGAAAGGUAUCAGCACCGAGGAGGCUGCCGAUUACCUUGCCAACGCUCGAUUGCAGAAGGCCAAGGGCAAGCGCAAGAGCUCGCCCUUCUUGCUCAGCUGGAGUCAGGAGAUUCGACUGUGUAUCCAGCGCAGAGCCCAGAUCGUCGCCGGCGACAUGGCCACUCAAAUCGUCCUUGUCGCCGCUACUGCCAUCCAAGGUAUCAUUAAUGGUUCUGUCUUUUUAAAUCUUCCAGGCGACACGAGUGGCUUCUUCUCUCGCGGUGGUGUUCUUUUCUUCUUGCUGCUGUACAAUUCGUUCAUGGCGCAAGCCGAAGUCGGAAAUGGCUACAUGCAGCGCCCGAUCGUGAUCCGCCACAAGAAGUUUGCCAUGGUUCACCCAUCCGCCGACGCACUCGCCAACACCCUGCUCGACAUCCCGGUUCGUUUGAUCUCCAUCAUAGUAUUUGACGUGCUUCUUUACUUCAUGACAGGCUUGGCCCGGACUGCCGAUCAAUUUUUCAUCCUCCUUGCUACCACUGCCCUGCUCACCUACACGAUGGUCGCCUUUUUCCGGUUCUUGGCGGCCUCCUUCCGUUCGGAAGCAAAUGCUGUCUUGCUUGGUGGACUUGCGAUCAUUGACUUCUCACUCUACGCUGGCUACAUCAUUCCAAGACCCUCAAUGGUUUGGUGGCGCUGGCUGAGCUACUGUAACCCCAUCGCUUUUGGCUUCGAGAUCUUGAUGGCAAACGAGUUCCGCCGCCUUCGCGUUCCUUGCGCUCUAUACAUUCCUUAUGGUCCAACCUACGCAAACGUGCCCAUCGAAAAUAAGGCGUGUCCAACUAUUGGCGCUGUUCCAGGCCAGGAAUUAAUUGAUGGUAAUGCUUACAUUGCGCAGAGCUACGGUUACUACUGGAGUAAUUCCCGCCGCAAUGUAGGCAUUCUCAUCGGUUUCUGGAUUGCAUUUGUCAUAUUCUAUGCCGUGGCCAACGAGUUCCAGAUGGACCCCAGUGCUUCAGGUGGUGUCAUGGUCUUCAAGCGCGGUGCCAAGAAGAUCCAGGACCAGAACGAGCUCGAACAAGCGGCGGCACGCAAUGCCCUCAAGGAAGGCGAACACGGUGACGUUGCAGACAGACUGCACACGGAUGCUAAAGAGCCUCCGACCUCGACAGACAUUUUUGCCUGGGAUCACAUCAACUACGAUGUUACAAUCAAGGGUGGUGAGGUGCGCAGACUGCUUAAUGAUGUUAGCGGAUAUGUUCAACCUGGAAAGAUGACCGCAUUGAUGGGCGCAUCUGGUGCAGGAAAAACCACGUUGCUUAAUGUCCUCGCUCAACGAGUCGAUGUCGGCGUUGUGCAGGGAGACUUCCUCGUCAAUGGGCGGCCACUCCUGGCAAGCUUCCAGGCGCAGACCGGCUACUGUCAGCAACAGGACAACCAUUUGCCAACCACGACGGUCCGUGAGGCCCUCGAAUUCAGUGCGCUCCUGCGUCAGCCAACUGGGACCAAGGCCGAGAAGCUCGCAUACGUUGAUGAAGUGCUGGAAAUGCUGGACAUGCAAGAUUGGGCUGAUGCCCUUGUUGGAGAAGUCAGUCAAGGUCUCUCGGUCGAGCAGAGGAAGCGUCUUACCAUCGGUGUCGAAUUGGCGGCCAAGCCAAAGCUUCUCCUCUUCCUGGACGAGCCAACGAGUGGUAUGGACUCCUUGGCCGCGUGGAGUAUUGUUCGCUUCCUGAAGCGACUUGCAAACGCUGGCCAGUCGAUUCUUUGCACAAUUCAUCAACCUUCUGGUGAACUCUUCUCCCAAUUCGACAGACUAAUUCUUCUGAAGAAGGGCGGCGAGGUCGUGUUCGCUGGCGACAUUCACAACUCGAAGCAGCAAUGCGGCAAGCUACUCGAAUACUUUGAACCUCGCUCAGGUCGACUCUGUGGCGAUGACAACCCUGCCGAGUACAUUCUUGAAUGCAUCGGAGCGGGUGCUGCCGCUAGCACAGACAAGAACUGGAGUGCCAUGUACAAGGAAAGCGAGCUGUACAUGCAGAUGCAGUCUGAUCUUGCCAAGAUCUUCGCCAGACGCGACGACCCUCAGUUUGAUGCAAAAGACGCGGACCUUGCCGCCAAGGAAUUUGCGACUGGUUUCUUCACUCAGCUGUGGGCUGUGGAGAAACGCACAAUUAUGUUUUACUGGCGUAACCCAGUCUAUAUCUGGGCCAAGCUGGGGCUGAACAUAGUUAGCGGCGUCUUCGUCGGAAGCUCUUUCUACGGACAGGGAAAGAAGGGCACGAUUGCCUCGCUGCAGAACCAGAUCUUUGGCGUCUUUAUUGGUCUUGUUCUUUCAACUUCGUUGUCGCAGCAGCUUCAGCCUGUUUUCCUUCAAAUGCGGAAUCUUUUCGAAGCUCGGGAGCGUCCUUCGAAGAUCUACUCGUGGCCUGUCUUGGUUCUCAGCGCGCUCCUCACUGAGCUACCUUGGAACUGGCUUGGUGGGACGCUCUUCUGGAUCCCGUGGCAGUUCUUCAUUAUGCCUUGGUCAUGUUUCCAGUGGUUCAUGUACUCGAUCAUCUUUCAGUCAUAUUUCGUCACGUUCGCACUUGCCAUCGCUGCUCUGUCCCCCAACGCAAUGGUCGGCGCGAUCAUCUUUUCAACCUUCUUCAGUUUUGUCAUCGUGUUCUGCGGUGUAGUCCAACCUCCGCCGCUUCUGCCGCACUUCUGGCGCGUGUGGAUGUUCCCGCUAUCGCCUUUCACUUACCUCAUCGAGUCGCUCAUGGGCAACACCCUAGCGGGCACACCGAUCCGUUGUGCACCUUACGAGUUUAGCACGAUCGUCCCGCCAGCCGGUCAGACGUGCGACCAAUACCUUGGCGGGUUUUCGAUGCCUCUCGCCAACCUCAGCAACCCCAACGCUCCUCGGAUCGGUGUCGGCUACUACACGCAAGAGGCAAAUGGGUGCGCCUACUGCCAAUACCGCGAGGGCGGAGACUACCUUUCCAGCGUCAACCUGAACGCCGCCUACCGCUUCCGCGACAUUGGCAUCCUUUGCGCGUACAUCUUCUUCAACUGCCUGCUGUUCUUCUUUUUCUUCUGGAUCUUCCGGAUUGCAAGCUUCAAGAAACAGCGCAACAGCAAGCUAGCGACGACAAUGCCGGGCAACGGUGCACAGCAGGCGGUCGAGGACACAGUCGAAAGGGGACAGGAUCGCUUCGCAGACACUGAGCUCGGUGCGGCCACACUUUCCCCACAGGCCACCGACACUGGUUCGCAGGCUGCAAAGUCCUCGUCUUGA